AUGUCAGAAACUGAUCUUGGCCCAGCCCUAGAGAAGGGGAUUUGGGCCGCGGUGGCCAUUGCUGCGGUGAUCGUUAUUUUACGAGUCUGGGGAAAAAUCAAGAUCAAUCGAUUUGGUAUCGAUGAUGGUCUGAUGAUCUUCGCUGAGAUUCUGGCAAUCGUAUCAACAGUAUUCUUGACCUUAUCGGUUAAGCAUGGGUUCGGCAAGGAUCUCCGCACAAUACCACCAAAGGACAAGGAAGACGUCUUGAAGAACAUCGCAAUCCAAGUGCCAAUCGUCACCAUCAGCACCACCAUCGCCCGCUCCGCAUUUAUUAUUUACAUCAUUCCCCUCCUCGGGACCAACAAGUACUACCAGGCCGCACUAUGGACUGUUUUGGCGAUACAAUUCGCCGGGAACGUUGCAUCGGCCGUGCUGCCACUUAGCAUCUGUCGCGAUGUGGCCGCUCUAUGGGAUCCAGCAGUCGCAGCUACGACGACCUGUGGGAACUUGGAUUCAGUGAUCAAAUUCGCCUACUACUCCAAUACAUUCAACUCAGCCACCGAUCUGUUUUUGGCCGUCUUCCCGACAGUGGUAUUCUGGAACUUGAAUCUGAAACUACGCAUCAAGCUAAGUUUGAUCGUUCUUCUUAGUCUGGGUAUCGUUGCAAUGAUCGCAUCCAUCAUCAAAACAACCAAACUGGACACCGUACCCAGCAUCACGAAUACCGGAGCUGGAGGCGGCAUCGAACUAAUCCGCUGGGGAUACAUCGAAAACGUCAUUAUCAUCAUCACCUCAUCGAUCCCCUGCAUCCGCCCCUUGAUCAUAUCCUCCGUUCACAAGCUCUCCAGCGGCAAAUACUCCCGCUCCUACGAACUCGGCGGGGCCUUCAGCGGACGCAAAUCGGGUGCUGCCCAAAACGAGACGAACCAGUCGCGCCGCACACGCAGAUUCAAGUCUGAUGUUGAGAAUGAUAGCGUCGAUCACAUUCUGGAUCAUAAUCAGAGCGCGCAUACUAGUACGUCUAUAGGAGGCGCGCCUGAUUCUCCUACUUUCUCUGCUCCUGGUAUCACGAAGCAGGUUGAGAUUUCGGUCAUCUCAGAUGCUAGGCAGCCCGUGAAAGACCAUAUGGGGGAUUUCUCAUUGGGGAGUUAG